UCGUGUUUAUCUCGAAGCGGGCGACUUGUUUUUAUUUUUAUUUAAUAUUUAUCGAUUUGUUCUCCAUUUAGUUAAGACCGAUUCUCCUUUACAAUUCGGGGGGCAUAUGAUGAUAUUGAUUAUUAAAUAACAUAGAUGUUUUGUUCCUUAUUGCUGACAUAAAAGUUAAUGACGUACAGUUCUUUAUGCAGUAGAUUUACCUGCAUGGAAAUCCUGCUUAUUUACAUAUUCAGAUUGAAUAACAAGAUAUAAGGAAAAUGAUGAAAAGUUUUGACACCGAUGAUGGACGGGGGAGAUACCAUCGGCUCGAUCAACCAGAGGAAGACCUUUAUAUAAAUAGGGCUCAGCUGACUAGAAAGCAGCUGAUAAUAUGUGUGGUGUUAGCUGUAAGCUGCGUGGCAGCCAUAGCAGUGGGCCUCGGCCUUGGCCUCCCCAGGCAGAGCUCCGAACCUUUAGCCAAGCAGGAGUCCAAAGCACCUUUAGCGGCAGCUAAACCAGCCCCCCCCAGAGCCCAGGGCCAGUUUGAAUCAUGGGGAGACAGCGAUGCGACAUCAUAUGGGGAGGCUACAGAACCUCCUCCGUCAGAGACCGAGCUCGGAGAAUUUAACACGGCUGCAGUUAGCUCUGAUGGGACCCCAUGUGCGCAGAUUGCCACAGACAUACUGAAGAGGAAUGGCACAGCAGCAGAUGCAGCGGUAGCAGGACUUUUCUGCGUAGGAGUCAUCAACACUCAGUCUAUGGGUCUUGGGGGCGGGUUCCUCAUGACCUACUAUGACCGGUCAACAGGGAAGGCCUACUCUUUAAAUGCCAGGGAAAGUGCGCCGUCAGAAGCUUACGAGGACAUGUAUGGCGGGGACGCGGAAUUAGCUCAGAAAGGAGGGCUUGCUGUGGCUGUCCCUGGAGAACUCCGAGGAUACCGUGAAUUGUAUGAGAGAUUCGGUGGAAAUCUACCAUGGGCUGAACUCCUAGAACCCACCAUCAAGCUCUGCGAAGAUGGGCAUCUCGUCAACUGGCACAUGGCACGUGCUCUGAAGUUCAAUGCGGAGGAUAUCAAAAAGGAACCAAGCAUGAGUGUCUUUAUUAACCCUGAGACUGGCGAUGUGUACAAGGAGGGAGACACGCUGAAGAGGCCCCAGCUUGCUAAGACCCUGAGAGACCUGCAGCAGGACCCCGAUGCUCUAUAUAGUGGUCAGUUGGCGUCUAAGCUGGCUCAGGAUAUCCAGAGCUUCGGGGGCAUUGUCACUGAGGAGGACCUCAGGAUGUACAAGCCUGUGUGGAAGGAAGCCAUGAACAUUACACUGCAGCAUGGCCAGAUAAGCAUGUUCUCUGUGCCUCCGCCUGGCUCGGGUCUCAUUCUGGGCUUCAUUCUCAACAUCCUGGAUGAAUAUGGACUUACCCCAGAGAGCAUUGAUGACUCCAAUAUUGUCCUGACUCACCAUCGCAUCACAGAGGCUAUGAAGUGGGCCUAUGCCAAGAGGACUGAGCUUGGAGAUGCCGACUUUGUAGAUAUGAGUGGGCUUACCAAAAACCUGACCUCAGAUGACUACGCAGCAUACAUUCAUAGCCAGAUUACUGAUGACCGCACAUUCCAAGACCCUGAGCACUAUGGAGCAGUCACAGCAGACCCAGAUGACCAUGGAACAGCACAUUUCUCUUUGCUUGCCCCCAAUGGUGAUGCUGUCUCGGUUACUAGCACAGUCAACCUGUACUUUGGUGCAGGAAUCCGUUCUGUUCAAACUGGCAUAGUCCUUAAUGACGAAAUGGAUGACUUCUCGGCCCCAAACAUCACAAAUUACUUUGGGAUUCCUCCUUCACCUGCCAACUUUAUUAGGCCAGGCAAGCGGCCAUUGUCAUCCAUGUGUCCAGCAGUGUUUGUCGACUCGAAGGGCGAUGUGCGUCUUAUCAUUGGUGCUGCAGGGGGAACCAAGAUUUCCUCUGGAGUGGCUUGGGCAUCUCUUCGUAACCUUUGGUUUGGGGACAACAUCAAAGAAGCUGUUGAUGCUCGCAGAAUCCACCACCAACUCUUCCCCAUGACAUUCAGCUACGAGCAAGGAAUUCUGCCGAAAAUCGUUGAAGGUCUCCAAGCCAUUGGUCAUGUAACAGAAGAGUUCGGAAUUGGAGGAUCUGUGGUUUGUGCCAUCGCAAGGGGAGAUAAUGGGAAAAUUUAUGCCAACUCUGAUUUUAGAAAAGCAGGCGAAGUUGACGGGUUUUAGAGUUACAACUUUUAAUUAAAGAAACACAAUUUUUAGCAGUAGAACUAUUGGGCAGAUUUUAUACAUGUUAGUAGAAUUAUUCAGUUUUUAGCUAUUUAAAAGUUUUUUUUUUCUCUCUCUCUCUCUCUCUCUCUCUCUCUCUCUCUCUCUCUCUCUCUCUCUCUCUCUCUCUCUCUCUCUCUCUCUCUCUCUCUCUCUCUCUCUAUUUAACUGUUUUGCUUGAUAGUUUUCUUUUUGAAAAAGAAUUCGCUCUCCAGGAUGUCACAUAUUUUAGCAUUUUAGCAUACUUUUGUGUUAAUGUAAAAUUGUUGCUCAGUAUUUUCUAUGUCAAUUCUCAGUAUAUAAUAAUAAUAUAUUACAGCACUUGACCACUCAGAUGUCAACAGGUGAUGUUAUUGAUAGAGAAUAUGCUUGUAUUUUUUAUGUGCUUAAAUGAACUUGUUUUAGUUGCAGUAGAUUCAAAUAUUUAUCAUAGUAGUACAAAAAUACACCUUCUUUUACUUUCUUCAAGCAUUUAAAAGACUUGACAGAUAAGAGAAGAUUGAAGUAUUUGCUGGUGCCUAGUAAAUGUAUUUUAGGUGUUCCUGCAACCUGCUUAUCUGCAUAUAUUUUGCACUUGUUGUUACUUUCUUGCACAGGUCAGUUCAUACAGAACGCACAGGCAUUGUUAUGUGCAUGCAUGCACACCACACCCACACGUGCAUACUCACACUCACACUCACCUACACAAACAUGCACUCACUCACUCACACACUUUCAUUAAUUCAUUCAUUCACUCACCCCCACACA